AUGGUUCUGACACAGCUCGCAUCCACAAACUUGGAAGGGCUCUGCUCUAAAGAGCAGCUUGAACUCCUCAAUACGGUCGACUCUCUACGAUCGCAAGGAGUCAGCCAUUACAUCUCUUUGCCACAAAUUAUUGUAUGCGGUGACCAGUCCUCCGGCAAAAGUUCCGUCCUCGAGGCAAUCUCUGGUGUUUCAUUCCCAGUCAGCACUGGGCUCUGCACACGCUUUCCAACCGAAUUAAUCCUUCGAACGGCACCACAUACUUCGGUCAAGGUUUCUAUCAUCCCGCAUCAACUACAGAAACGAGACAAGAAAGAUGCCUUGUCCAAUUUCCAUGAGCAACUUGAUUCAGUUCAGCAGUUGCCAGACUUGAUCGAAAAUGCCAAGGCAUAUAUGGGAAUAAAGACUCUUGGCAAGGCAUUCUCUAAUGAUGUGCUUCGUAUUGAGAUUAGCGGACCGGACCGCCCGCAUCUCACCAUUGUUGACCUGCCAGGGCUGAUUCAUUCUGAGACCAAGAAUCAAUCGGCCUCAGACGUCCAUCUCAUCACUCAAAUCGUCAAGAGUUUCAUGUCCAAACAACGAAGUGUCAUCCUUGCGGUCAUCUCUGCAAAGAACGAUUAUGCCAAUCAAAUCGUCUUGAAGCUUGCUCGUGACACCGAUCCGAGAGGGCUACGUACACUUGGUAUCAUCACCAAACCUGAUACACUUGCUGCUGAUUCCACAAAUGAGAAAAGCUACAUCUCUCUUGCCAAAAACUUGGAUGUAGUGUUUCGUCUUGGAUGGCAUGUGCUGAGGAAUAGAGAUACAGACGCAGACAAAUGGACUCUUGCGCAGCGCGAUGUACAGGAGAAGGAAUUCUUUUCCAAUAGUGCUUGGUCAGCCUUGCCCGAGUCAAGCCUCGGCAUUGCAUCUCUCAGAGGCCGAUUGAGUAAGCUGUUGUUACAUCAAAUCGCUACCGAGCUACCAAGCUUGAUGGAUGAGAUUUCUCUCGAGAUUGAUGGCUGUGAGACGGAAUUGGGGAAGUUUGGCCAGCCCCGCAUAACUGCACAAGAGCAGCGAAUUUAUUUGAUCCAGAUCAGUCAAUCGUUCCAAGCUCUCAUGCAAGCUGCAGUUGACGGCACGUAUACCGAUCCAUUCUUCAGCGACUCAGAAUCGAAGCCAGGCUACGUCAAGCGCAUUCGUGCCAUUAUUCAGAACCUCAGUCGCGACUUCGCCAAAGAGAUGGAGGACAAAGGCCGAUUUUAUAAGACAGUGGACGCCCACGAUGAAGGUGAAAAGCCCGACCACGGCCACAUAAUGCUAACUCAUACUGAGUUCGUCGAUAAAGUCGUCGACAUGAUGACUCACAGACGUGGCCGAGAGCUGCCUAAUUCUUUCAGUCCAACAGUUGUCACAGAUUUGUUCCGGGAGCAGUCGAAACCGUGGCAGGCAAUUGUCAUUCGCCAUAUCAACAAAGUCUGGGAAGCAGCUCGAGUGUUUGUGGACUUUUUGAUCUCACACAUCUCUGAUCCAGAGACAAGUGACGCCAUUAUGGACGCGGUUGUGAAACCAAAGAUGAAGGCAAUACUGGAUACACUCCUCAAUAACACUGCAGUUUUGCUCCAGGUGUAUCGAGAUGAUCAUCCCAUCACCUACAACAGCGAUUUCGGCGAGGCUCUUCAAAAAAUCCGCGUCCAACGACACGCGUCACGGUUGGAUGAAAUUUUGCACAAACACUUUCCGGGUUCUUCCAUCGACAGCAGCAGCUCAUCUGUAGAUAGGAGUGUGAACUUCAAAAGCCUAAAGAACGAAUUGGCACAAAGCAUUGAGCCCGAUUUAUAUAGGUGGAGUGCUGCGGAAGCACUUGAUAGUGCCGAGGCGUAUUAUGAAAUAGCUUUCAAACGCUUCAUUGACGAGAUCUCGAUUCAAAUCAUCGAAACCGGUUUGGUUGCCGAAAUCCGCGAGAUUCUCAGUCCGCUGGCUGUGGCAUACAUGCAUGAGGACGAAAUGGAGGCCAUCGUUGGCGAGAAGGAAAGCAUUCGCGAAGAGCGCAAAAAGCUUGAAGCUAAGCUGAAGCUUCUCAACGAGGGUUCGGAGACGUGCAAGAAGUUUUCAGGACUUCGAGCCUUAGUGUUCGAUGACAGCAAUAAUGAUGCUAGCCUUUCUGCUACCGCUUAG